AUGGAAGCAAAAGAUUCAGAGUUGAACCUCGAUGAUUACGCUGAAUUUGAGCAACGUGGUCGCUCACACACUUGGCCUGAACGUCAGUUAACCCAUCUCGAAUUUGGUGCCGUUGCGAUUGAAGCAGCAGAUCCGGGUUUGUCACCAAGAGGAUAUAGGUCGGAUUUACUGAACCAUGAAUCUAGUACAAAUAUCAGUGCUGCUUCCAGUACAAAUCUAACCGAGGCACUGAGAUCGAAUCUUAGUUUAAUUCCAGAACCAAAUUGCGGCCAGGAGUCAGAACCAGCGUCAAAAAUGGACUUCAGCGGAGAAAAACAAAGUAUUGUUCCCUGUUCGAAGAAAGUUCCAUUCCGGACACAGAGCGAGAUACGACUUUCAGCUGCAGAUAUGAACAAUAUGAAAUCGAAUACUGGAGUAUCCUCUUACCCAAGUAUAUCUCACUUUUCUGAACAGAACCGAAAUCAACAUGUUGCAAAUGCUUUACCGAUACUCUCACUAUCAACACAUUUACCAAUAUCACAAACUCACCCUCAACUAUCACAUUCCACUCUUAGCGCAAGUCAAAGCAUCGCUCCAACCAAUGAUAGCACACAGUUGUCGGUUUUAAAAUUGGUUUCAGCAGUAGGGAAUACAUCAGGCAUUCUCUGUCUGACUGGUUCCUCAGGUAGUACAGUUGCUUCACCAAUACACCAUAGUAUUGGUGGUUCAGUUCAGAAUUUAACCAUGGUACCCGUUGAUUCACACACAGCAUCCAGCUCAAAUCUGCGACCAGCGUACGAUAAUAGCGUGUCUAUCAUUAAAUCUUUGCCACCUUCAGAUACUCUCAACAGUACUGCUUGUUCGACAUCUAAUAUCCCAGCGAAUUGUGUCAUUUCUGAGGUAUUGGCAUCAACUGUCGCAGAUUUAGAUGCUACCGUACCGUACUACACUGCACAUACAAGUGCUGUGGAAGGGUCAGUUGAGAAGAAUCUGGAAGAUCGUGGAAAACGAAAACUGGUGAAAAAAAAACGGGUCCGAAAACGGGUAAAUGGUCUUAAUAACAUAAAGAAACUGAACCCUUGGGGUGCAGAAAGUUACUCAGAAUUGAUCUCUAGAGCAUUGGAGAGUGCUUUUAAUGGACGGAUGAGGUUAAAUGAAAUUUACAACUGGUUCGCUUCCAAUGUACCGUAUUUUGGCAGUCGUACAAGCCAAGAACAAUCAGCAGGGUGGAAGAAUUCAAUCCGGCAUAACCUUUCUUUACACAGUCGCUUCAUGCGAAUACAAAAUGAAGGUGCUGGAAAGAGUUCGUGGUGGGUGAUCAAUCCGGAUGCGAAACCAGGUAGGAACCCGCGAAGACAGCGAUCUGCAACGCUGGAGACGACUACAAAAAUAGCGAUGGACAAAAAACGACGAGGUGCCCGUAAGAAGGUGAUGGAAAUGCGCGCAGGUGCUGGUGGUAGCACAUUGCACAGCGCUGGUAGCUCCAUUGUUGGUUCACAGGCGUCAGUGCUGAGUCGUGAAUUAUAUGCUGGUGAAGAGGAUUCAUCGAAUUUUGAACCUUUUCGUUCUCGUACCCAAUCGAACCUUUCGUUAUCCGGUUCAUCAUCACGAGUAUCGCCAUCGAUGAUAGAAAAUUACGAGAACUUCGAUAGUUUCGAUUUUCCACCUUUUGUUGAAGCUGCUAGUGCCAUGCCUCACGAUAUCUUGGAUCGCACUAAUGAAAUGAAUUUGAAUCAGAGCGACAGUCCAGCAUUCCACAGGCCUAUGGCUAAUCCGAUGCUGAAUGGUACCAGUGCACCAUCUGCUUCCAAUCUGAUCGCACAUAUUAAAACUGAACCAUCAUCCAGCAGAACCGAAAAUAGUGUUCAACCGCCACCAUCUUAUCAUGAACUGGAUGUUGUACGAGGUGUUCAGAACAUUCAGAAUCCGUUAUUGCGAACACAUCUUAUACAGAAUAGGAUACCGAAUCAACAGGGAGUACCAUACAAUGGCAGCUACUCAGCUGGAAGCGCUAAUGUCGCCUCAUCAAAUUGGAUGCACUCAAAUGUUAUCCCUGUUAGUGUUCAUCCCUCAAUAAGCUGUGCUGCGCAGCAGUCAUUUAGUGGUAACACAGCGGCUUUGCCCAUGGAUUUAGAAAAUCUGGCACUUCCUGAUCAACCACUGAUGGAAGUGGAAAACAUGGAAGCUGUCAUUCGCCAUGAAUUAUCUCAGUCUGCUGGUAGUCAGCUAAGUUUCGACAAUAUUUAG